GAGAAAAAGAGAGAGAGAAGAACAAGAGGAAACAGAAGCUAGCCAAGCCCAGCCAUGGCUGCUUUACUUCCUUCCUUUCUCUCAUGACCAAAUUUCCCUUUCUUCCAGCUUUCUGCAAUUUUCAGCGCCUCAAGCAACUAACUGAAUCACGCGAACGGCGUCUAUCGCCGGCCGGCGUUCGUUGCCGAUCGCUGCUUACAAUUUCACUCUUCAGAAUCGUUGUUUUCUCUCCUCUGUUUUUGUUUCUUCGGCGGAGUGUUUGGAUUCUGUGAUUCUGUAUGUGUUUGCUAUGGGAGACACGGAGAGCUGCAGCAGCAGAGCUGUUGAUUUCGUGCCGGCGGUGAGCAGGAACCAGAGGCAGAAAGUUGCGGUCUACAAUGAAGUCCUCCGCCGGCUUACGAACUCCAAUGACGAGGAAUCCGGCCUUCCAGGCUUCGAAGACGAGCUCUGGAAUCAUUUCCUCCGUCUUCCCACUAGAUACGCGCUGGAAGUGAACGCGGAGAGGGCGCAGGACGUGCUUAUGCACAAGAGAUUACUGCAGAUGGCUCAUGAUCCGGCUACUAGGCCGGCAAUUGAAGUCCGGCUGGUACAGGUUUAUUCUGCAUCCCAUGGAAACUCCGGUGACUCUGCUCAUGCUGACUUUCCCAAGAAAAAGCAACCUCAAUCUUCUGAUCGACCCUUGAAGCAGAGGCAUGGGCUAUUCGUAUUCUGCUAGCUAUUUGAUUUGCUCUAAUGGGUAAUUUUGCCGACUCAUUUGCCUCUUUGUAUUAUCCCAGCCUCCAUCCACCACCUGCCUUUGGUUCAUUGCCAGACCUAGAACUUGCAUAUGAAGCUCAAGAUAAGGAUACCGGCAGUGUAAUUUACUCUCGGCUUAUGCAUGAAAUCACAAUUUCCACGAAUGAUAAGCCAAAGCUUCUGAGUCAGUUAACUUCCUUACUCUCUGAGCUUGACCUAAAUAUACAAGAAGCACAUGCUUUUUCCACCACAGAUGGGUACUCAUUAGAUGUGUUUGUUGUUGACAAUUGGAGCUCUGAGGAGACUUAUAAACUAAGAGUCGUGCUGGAAAAUGAAAUUCCGAAGAUUGAGCAAGACCAAACAGGAACGAAUCCCAGAUCUUCUGAAAUGAGCAUCCCAACUGUGCCAAUUGAUGUUUGGGAAAUUGAUGCAAGAUUACUGAAGUAUGAGUACAAAGUUGCAUCUGGACCCUAUGGAGACACGUAUAAAGGCACCUUCUGUAGUCAAGAUGUGGCUAUCAAGCAUUUCAGGGCAGAGCACCUAUGCAAAAAACUUCAAAAGGAAUUCGCUCAAGAAGUCUUUAUUAUGAGGAAAGUCCGGCACAAGAAUGUUGUUCAGUUCAUCGGUGCAUGUACCAGGAGGCCAAACCUAUGUAUUGUGACAGAAUUUAUGUCUGGUGGAAGCAUGUACGACCAUCUGCAUAAAAGGAAGGAAUGUUUUAAUCUUCAGUCCUUACUCAGAGUAGCAGUUGAUGUAUCCAGAGGAAUGAACUACUUGCACAGAAAUAACAUAAUCCACAGAGACCUGAAAGCUGCCAAUCUUCUAAUGGAUGAAAACGGAGUUGUCAAGGUUGCUGAUUUUGGUGUUGCCAGAGUGCAAGAUCGUUCAGGAGUAAUGACUGCAGAAACUGGAACGUACCGUUGGAUGGCUCCGGAGGUUAUUGAACACAAACCAUACAAUCACAAAGCUGAUGUUUUCAGCUUCGGCGUUAUGCUGUGGGAACUACUCACAGGAAAGGUCCCUUACGACAACUUGACCCCAUUGCAAGCUGCAGUUGGCGUAGUACAGCAGGGGCUGAGACCAUCCAUCCCAAAGAACACCCAUCCCAAAUUGGUGGAACUUCUUGACAGAUGCUGGGACAGAGACCCAUGUUUGAGGCCUGAAUUCUCUGAAAUUUUGGAACUUCUACAGAACUUACAGGGGAUGGUCACGGAGGAAGGAGAAGACAGGGUGAAACACAAGGUAUCUAGGAAAGUAGUAGCUGCAACGGGCUGAGAAAGGGAGUUUGAGGUUGCAAGAAGUGAGAAAACUUUGUACAUAACGUUUGUUGUAGUAAAAUCUCACCCUUGAGAAACAAUUGAUUUAUGUGUUUACAUUUUUGUUUGUUCUAAGUUAGUAACCAGUUUUCUCUUUCAACAACUUGUACUAAUGUUUAACUGUUGUUCAGCUUAUGAGAGUGGUAUGCACGAUCUCGCGCUGGAAAUAAUUGUAAACUUGCUAACUCCAUGUAUUCCGAGGAAAUAUACAGCUCGAAGUUAGCAAGAGCGGAAACUUAAUUGUUCAUUUUUUGUUUUGUAACACUUUUGCUUGCACCCAAGACUCAGGUCCCCUUCAAGAACACUUCUCGAGGCAUGAUGAUGAGGCUGGAAGCUGUAACAGAUGUAUUCCACACCGGAAAAAGAAAACCAUUAACCUUCAACUCAAGAGCAUUUCCUCCAAUGGAGAGAUUGAGAAAGCCUUGAAGUCUUGCUGUUCUCGUGCCAAACUGAAGCAGCAACAUGAAGAAAAAGAAGCCCUCUUGAAUCACAGCUGUGGCCAGGAAGAGCAGUUAGUUGUAUGGUAUUCAUAAUUGCACUCCAUGCACAGAAACAAUGGGGCUGCUGCUGCUGCUGCUGCAAACCCCAGCAAAGCAAAAGGUAUCCUUCGCCGAAAUUGCAGAGGAAGCCAUGUGGUGCAUAGCAGAUAAAGACAGCCAACCGUCCCACGAUGAUGUAUCCUUUCGUCGUAACCCAUGGAGGUCACUCAUGAUCAGAACCAAGUCCAGACUAAUCGAAGAUGAAGACUACAGUAUGAUCAACUCCAACGACAUCAGAUCUCCAGAAGGAGACUGCGGCAAAGAAGAAGACGAGGAUAACCAUGAAGAUGUCUCACACAACAACCACCUUAAAACCAGUAUUUUCGCAAUGCUCAUGUGGCAGCUGCCUCAUCUCAUCUCUCUUAGCCUUACCUUCCACACGCGGCAUACCUUCCAUGAGAAAACAAACUCUUUGUCUUUGCGACCUUCCUUUAUGGAAAUGGAAGUUCAUGGCUUUGACACUCCUGGGUGGGAACUUGCUCUCUGGUUGGUUGAUCAGGUUCAUUGUAUACUCUGGAUGAGCAUGUGCUUGACUCGGAUGUGAAAGGUGAUGAGCCAUCCUUGCAUACAAGGACUGUGUGCCAACUGCCAAGCAACGGAAGUAGCCAAGAUCUUCACCAAUGUGGCUGCCCCAGGAUCCCAGUAAGCUCUUGCAAUAGUAUUGGUGGGGUGC